UGUUGAACUUUUCUACAGAUGAGGUUAAUCUUGGUCCUUGGUUUGUUGCUCUGUGUGGGGAUCGGCAGCUCACAAGAUGCUGGUGCCAAGCUCCUGGCAUCUAAGAACAUCCUGAAUGAAUGGCUGGUAGAGGGUCGUGACCUCACCAUACGCUACAACAUCUACAACGUUGGAAGCAGUGCUGCCCUCAACGUAGCCCUUAGUGAUGAGACUUUCCACGAUUCCGACUUCCGAGUAGUGAGUGGAAAAGUGCGAGUCCAAUGGGAUAGGAUUGCACCUGCAACCAAUGUCACGCACACCAUUAUACUGCAACCUCUCAAGUCCGGAUACUUCAACUUUUCCUCAGCCACUGUAGCAUACCUGCCAACUGAAGAUGCCGAACCCAUGGUUGGUUACACUAGUUCACCUGGAGAAGAAGGAAUCGUACCGUUCAAGGAUUUUGACAGAAAAUUCUCACCCCAUUAUGUUGACUGGGGAGCCUUCGCCGUGAUGAUACUGCCCUCUAUUGGCAUCCCUUAUCUCUUAUGGUAUCGCAGCAAAUCAAAGUAUGAGAAUGCAGCGGCAGCGUCAAAAGCCAAGAAACAUUAGCCAUCUAUGCAACUCUCUUGUGGCAGCAGAGGUACUCUGUAAGAUCGUGACUCAUCAAGAGGAAUUUCGUCAAUUGUUUUUUAUUUUAUUAUUUUUUUUACCCGAAUCUUACCCUUUUCCUUGUGGUUGAAGCAAAUUGUAUAAUAGACAAAUUCCCUCAUUGCGAAUUAACUCUUUCAUUACUUGCCUUCAUGCAAACAAAAUUCUCAAAAAUUCCCAUUCCAGGUAAAUUUUAUUUCUAAUUUAUGAGACAAAGUAAGAUCACAAUGUAAUCCAAUAUAAUUUAAAAAAAUCUCAAAUUUUUCAACUUUGUAAGCUUACUUGAAAGCAAAUCACAUUUUAUAUUACAACUUCUGCUUUAGAUUUUAAUAAUUACUAAUAUAGUUAUUAUUUUCUGAAGAAGUAUACUUUUUAGUCUCAAUUUACAAACAGAUUUGUUCUCCCAUCAGAGUCAGAUUUCUUUUAUUUCAAACUAAAUUCCUUUUGAUGAACCAUGUGAUGCUCUCUUUUUGUGAUUAAGGUUUCUCUUUUGUUUUGGUGUCCAAAUUGGAAGGAUAUAUUAAAAGGAUUAAAAUUUUAAUAUAA